AUGGGUUGUUUCAAGCUUCCUUUUCGUUUCCACAAAAACUUAGAUUCUCUUAUGGCUAACUUUCGGUGGGGUGGCAAUGCUCAAACUAGGAAAACUCAUUGGGUGGCUUGGCACACUCUUUGCCAUUCCAAAUUUCGUGGUGGUCUUGAUUUUCGGUAUAUGAAAGCUUUUAAUCAAGCUAUGUUGGCCAAACAGGCCUGGCGCAUCAUUCAAUUCCCCCAAACGUUGGUGGCUUCUUUGCUUAAAGCUCGCUAUUUCCCCCAUACCACUUUCCCUGAUGCUGGAAAGGGUUGCCGGCCUUCGCUGGUUUGGAAUAAUAUCUCUUGGGGUAAGGAGCUUCUUUUGUCAGGGCUCAAGAAGAAGGUAGGUAAUGGUGCAGACAUCUCUAUACAUGAUGAUACUUGGGUUCCAAUUCAGCCGCUCACUCCCUAG